AUGUCCAAUUUGCCAGUAGUGGCGGCGCUGGACGGUGCUGGCACCGACGCCCAGCUUGCCGUGAGCAGCAACGAAUACCGCAAACGCCCCAGAUUCCACGAGAAUGAUUCGCAGAGCAGGUUGACAGCUAAUCUAUCGUCCACCGCGUGCGGCCGGUGCCGGUUCCGCAAGGUACGGCACGACGAUUUUUCAACCGUAUUGUACCGGUUGGAUGAGAUUGAUCAGACCCUCGGGACGCUGUCCAAUCAAUUUGCCGAGCACUCUUUUUGGCUGGCACCAUUUAACUUGCCUCGUCAACAUGUUGAUGAACGUCAGGACUCCUCAAAUAUCUCCACCAGCCUCCACCAGAGUUCAGCGCCCGCAAAUGUAGUAUUACCCAGCUCGCAUCAGGAGUUGGGCCAAGCGAGGUUGGAGAUUCUCACCGAGAGAGUUGAGUUGGAGCAUGGCGGGGAGCGGACAUACAAAUAUCCAGCAUCAAUGACAUUGCUCAAGCCGAUAUUAAGAAGGCUAGCCGAUGUCUGCCGAGUAUCAGAUGCUGACACUAACAGGGAUGGAGCAGGUGAUUCUGCAUCCGCCUCAGCACGGGCAAUAAUGCUUCGCAAGCUUGAAAGCUUUCCCUUUAAGGGCAAAUGUCUCCAACCUGUUGUCUCCAGCGACGGACAGCCUGUCGUGGCGCCGCCGCAGUUGAUUGCACGUCUUUUUAUCGAUGGUUUCCUACGAAAUAUCAACUCGCGGAUCCCGAUAUUUGACGCAAAUAGUCUCCAGGACGCAGUCGAUACCUAUUAUUCCGGCGUAUUGCACGCCCCGCCAACAUCGUCAUCGACGUCGCCCUCGGCAUCACUGUCGGCGAGUGAGCAUGCGACUGACAGCACCUGGGCCAUCAUAUUCACCAACAUCGUUCUGCUGGAACUGGGCCUGGAAACGCACGUCACCCGUUGGCAGGACAGUGUGGCUGGCUCGUCCUUAAUUAAAACAAAUUUGCUCACAGAAGAUCUCAUUUCCUCACUACUUCGCAACUGUGAACGUGCCCUUGCCGAUCUUACUUCUUAUACGCUUCCGAGUCUCCUCCAUGUUCAAGCUCUGUUGACGUUGGCUCUGGUAGCGCAGGAAUUCUACGGUGAUAACAUCUUUGAGAAAGUAUUACGGACAGCGUGUGGCGUGAGUCGCAUGCUAGGACUGCAUUUAUCCGAGUCCUAUGGCAAGAUGUCGGGCGAGAGCCCUAGGGAACGGGAGCGCAUCUUUCGAGUCCUGUACGGCUUGGACAAGCAGCGUGUCUUUCUGACCGGUGACCCCUGCGAUCUUUACCAUUUUGACUCGGAUCUGGAAUUAUGGAAAAGCUCGAGAAGAGAACCCGACGAGGUUGAACCUCCAAGUCGAAAAUUAAUCGCGGCAUUCGAUAAUAUGAUGAUGAUCUGGGAGGAGAUGUACUUGAAACUUUACUCUGCCCGGGCAAUCGCAGCAGGAGAAACAUAUUCAUCAAGUCAAGUUGCAGGCCUCGUGCAACUCUUAGGAAAAUGGCAUGAACAUUAUCACAGUGUCAUGGAGGCCGUUGGGUCUGAUCGCCCAUUCGCAGAGGAGCUUGUGAGAUCACGCACACGACAUCAAGAAGUUGAUGACUGGGCAUCUAUCCAGUUUGAGCUGAGAUACUGCUACCAUCUCACACACGUUCUAGUUCUCCGCUAUGAACGAAGUGAGCAUGAGCGAGCCCAGGUAGAAAUGCGCAACCAUGCGCGCAUCUGCCUACGACUGAUUGUGGAGAUGGGAAACAUGGGCGAUGGUACUCUGCCAACGCCGAGCAGACUCGCCAAAGUGCGACUGGCUUCCCUGCGCCGCGUCUUGGGAACCUAUCCCAUAGUUGCCUUCUUAGAUCUUCUUAGCUUCCGCCUUGAUGAGCUUAUCACAAGCCGCUCCUCACCUAGCCGUGACUCGAUCCAUGCCGAGUCCCAAGAUGUCGAGGCUGAUGUCGGCCUAAUUCAUGCUGUGAUCCGCAUUUUACAGGGCCUGCAAUUCCCCGACCGUCCAACCACCUACCUCCACAGACUCCAGCUGGGACUAGCAUGGGUUUCAGAUGCUCUUGACGAGAUGCGAAAAGCUUGGCUGAUAGGAGCACAGGCUGGAGAGCUGUCGGCCAGCGCCCCAAGCAGUUCAGUAGUGGGUCAAACGCCAGUGCCUACGGACGGCAGCGCCAGUAUUAUCACCAGCAGUGUACUGGACUCAAGCUCGGAGCAUCUGCUAUCUGCGCAACGGCAGCAGAAACAGCAGCAACAACAAUGGAUGCGUUCGGGAUUUUCAAGGGAGACAAUGGACUUGGAUGUAAGCUUUUCUUCUUGGCAGCCACAAGUGCCGGUGGUCUCCGGUUCUACACUGAGCCCAUUGGAGCUCGGUGGCGGGGGCUUUGGCAUGACGUAUAACCCCACAGAGAACUGGUCUGCCGCCCUGUCUCUUGACAGCACGGAAGAGGGGAGUGGCGGGGAACACACGUUACAGAGAAUGACAGCCUUGACAGGAGGAUGCGGGUUUUAG